CUCAGCUAUCUCACAAGCCUAAAUCUCUCUUUCAAUAGACUCUAUGGACAAAUCCCAGAGAGCGGUGUCUUCUCAAACAUGACACUACAAUCAUUGGAAGGGAAUACCGCACUAUGUGGCCUUCCACGCCUUGGGUUCCUACACUGCCCAGAUGACGAAUUCAACCAUCGCCACCGGUUUGGUCUCCUAAAAUUUGUGCUUCCUAGUGCUGUAGCAGCCAUUGCAAUAGGAGUUUGCUUGUUCAUCAUGAUCAGGACUCGCGUUAACAAGAGGCCAAAGGAGCUGCCGCUCACUAGUUUGGAGGCAAACAACUACUACAAGCAGAUCUCCUACUUCGAAUUGGCUCGUGCCACGAAUAACUUCGACAGUGAUAACCUACUAGGAUCUGGAAGCUUUGGCAAAGUAUUCAGAGGCAUAUUGGAUGAUGAGCAAAUUGUCGCGAUAAAAGUCCUUGACAUGGAACUAGAAAGAGCCACCAUGAGCUUUGAUGUCGAGUGCCGCGCGCUUCGCAUGGCUCGACAUCGAAACUUGGUCAGGAUACUCACCACUUGCUCGAAUCUGGACUUCAAGGCACUAGUGCUCCAAUACAUGCCAAAUGGGAGCCUAGAUGAAUGGUUAUUCUCCAGUAACCGUCGUGAGCUAGGACUGGUCCAAAGGGUGAGCAUCAUGUCAGAUGUGGCUCUCGCCAUGGCUUACCUUCACCAUGAGCACUUUGAGGUAGUCCUGCAUUGUGACCUCAAGCCAAGCAACGUGCUGCUUGAUGAAGAUAUGACGGCUUGUGUAGCCGACUUCGGUAUCGCAAGGCUACUGCUGGGAGAGGAUACUUCCAUAUUUUCCAGGAACAUGCAUGGAACAAUUGGUUACAUGGCACCAGAGUACGCCUCGACCGGCAAAGCGUCAAGGAAGAGCGACGUGUUCAGCUACGGGGUAAUGCUUCUCGAAGUCAUGACCGGGAAGAAACCCACCGACGCCAUGUUCAACGGAGAAGAAGUAAGCCUCAGGGAGUGGGUGAGCCAAGCUUUCCCAUCGAGACUUGCCCAUGUCGUGGAUCAUGGCAUCCUUCUUCUAGACGGGGAGGCAGCAAGUAGUGGAGAUAUCCAACAUGCUGAUUGGUCAUCAUCUGGGGAAGAAUCUUCCAACGGCUGGAGCUGCAUAGAGCAGGUUGUGGACUUGGGUUUACAGUGCUCGCGGGACUCGCCUGAGGAGAGGUUGGCAAUGAAGGACGUGGCUGCUAAGCUUGCACGGAUCAAGGAGUGUUUGUCAUCCUCGAGAUGAUUUUCUGCACCUGAAGGCAACUGAUUCUGCAGCUGACUAGCUGAGUUGGGAAUGGUGUAGAUCUUGACGUCUCUAGAUUUAGUGCUUUGUUCAGAUAGAUGACUUCAAAGUCUUUAUGAUUUCAGAAGUUACUUCUUUUUAAAAUUUUUGAAAAUACUUCUUGUUUAAUUUCAGAGUUUACUUCUUCAGAUUUGCUA